AUGAGUUAUACUGCUUCUCUUGGCGAUAUAAUUCUAAGAAAUAACAACUUGAGCGGAUUCCUUCCAAAUAUCUUUACCAAUGCCAUCAAGUUACGAUCACUAGACGUUAGCCGUAACCGGUUAGUGGGGAAGCUUCCAAAAUCUUUGAUCAACUGCGAGUCUAUGGAAUAUCUGAAUCUGAAAGGAAACAAGUUCAAGGACACCUUUCCAUCUUGGUUGGGAUCUUUGGGAUCAUUACAUGUUCUGUUUCUCGAAUCAAAUGCAUUUUAUGGUCCAGUCUCUUCACGUUUUUGGUUUCCAAGUAUGCGAGUCAUUGACAUAUCGCACAAUAACUUCAAUGGAACAUUGCCACAAGAUUAUUUUGUGAACUGGCUUCAAAUGUCAACGGUAGAGGGAGCUGAAUUUUCUUAUCAAGAUGGAAAACCAUUCAAUUAUGAGGAUUUGAUAGAGAUGAUGUAUAAAGGUGUAGACACAGAGUUUCCACGGAUCUUUCUUGGGUACAAAGCCAUCGAUUUUUCUGGAAACAAAUUCACGGGACGGAUCCCUAAAUCAGUUGGCCUGUUGAAGGAAUUGAUUCAUGUCAACUUUUCAAGAAAUGCAUUUACAGGCAGUAUCCCUUCAUCUUUUGCAAAUCUAACAAAUCUCGAGGCACUAGACCUCUCUCACAAUAAGCUUUCGGGUAAUAUUCCUCGUGAUCUUGCUGGACUCUCCUUCGUGUCAUACUUGGACUUCUCCCAUAACCUUCUCCAAGGAUAA